UGCGGGUAAAAUUAAAAUUGUUGUCAAUUUUUGCUUUGAUUCUCGUAUCGAAUUUUGAUGUUGUCGCAGCUGGGAACAACUUUGAUGAAGGUAUGAGUAUUUAAAAACCGGUUGUGUACACGAUACUCGAGAGAUAUGUUUUUCUGGAAGCAAACUUAAUAUAGAUAUAAGUUGUUUUUAGAAAUAUUUUUAUUCAAUUUUAUAGAUGGACUUUUAAAAGAAAGUCGCAUUAAACGCUUAGAACAAAUUGCUGAGAUAGACAUUUCAACUGGAAUGCCUCGUGGAGGGGUAGACUCAACUGAUUCAAUUAAAUUCGAGGAAUAUAAAUAUCUUGAAGGAAAUGUGGAGUAUAAAACCCUUUUCGAGACAUUUAAUAAAGCUUUUGAAAGACUUGUAAAUAAAGUUGCCCAAUUUGCUCAACUAACUUUAAAAAAUAUUAAUAUAUCUCUUGAUGAAACAGAUGUUAUUGCUAAUGAAUUAAAAAAAUAUGAUGAAAUUGUAAAAAAUAGUAAAAAAGUUGAUGAGAUGUUAGAAGAAAAGGUAAUGAGUAGAACUGGACACAGCUGAAAAAAUUUUUUUUAAUAAUUCGUAUAAAAUUUUGGAGAUCCAUCCGACCCUAAAUAUAGCUAUAUCGUAUUUAUUCGAACUGAAUGAAUUCCAUCUAUUUUUAAUUCCCUAAAAGGGCAUUCGAUUGGAAGGUCAGUUAAUUAUAAAUUUCAAGGAAUCUGCUACUUCGUCGGUUAGAGAAAACUACUUGGAAUUGAUAAAUAUAAUUAUAAAAUGCAAAACAUUUAUGAUAAAUUUACAUACAAACGGCUCAGAAGGCUCUUUGAU